AUGCCAGCCUUCUGCUGCCUGGACAAGGCAGUCCUGUCUCGCCCUCGAGUAUUCGACGCCGAGCCACCGAACCACGGUCGACAAGCGUGGGCACAAGUCGUCUCUGCCUUUCUCAUCUGCUUUUGCACACUCGGUCUCGGCAACUCUUUUGGCGUCUUCCAGGGAUACUUCGCGCAGUCCCUUCUCCUGUCUCACUCGCCGUCUGCCAUCUCGUGGAUCGGCACUGUCCAAGGCUUCUUCCUCAGCAUCGUCGGGAUUCUUAGUGGGGCUCUCUACGACAAAGGAUAUAUCAGGUCUCUUGUCUACACGGGGGCGGCGCUCAGCGUAGCCGGUCUCGUCGCCACAAGCUUUUCAUCUGAGUACACAUCGAUAUUCGUGUCGUUUGGCUUCAUUGUCGGUCUCGGAUGUGGUGCUAUCUACAUACCCGCCCUUGCCAUCUUAGGGGCCUACUUCACUACCCGUCUCCCUGUCGCUAACGCAAUCGCUACCACUGGCUCCAGCAUGGGUGGGGUCCUAUAUCCCAUCCUCUUCCGCUCACUGAUCGACAGCGUGGGCUUUCCAUGGACCUGCCGCAUCUUCGCUUUCAUCAACGGGGCCCUGCUGCUCGUCUCCUGUCUCCUCAUCCGACCUCGUCGUGCCGAACCAGUGGUAGAGGAAGAGCUCAAGCCGACGAAAUCAACGCUACACCAAUUUCUCCAUCUUUUCAAAGCUCUGGCAGACUUGAAGUUCUUGGCUUUCAGCCUCUGUCUCUUCCUGCUUAUGAUGGGAAUCGACGUGCCCUUCUUCUACCUUUCCACCAUCGCCCAAAAGAAGCUCGGGUUGUCCCCUCAGAUAGGCGACUACCUGCUGUCUGGCCUGAAUGCGUCCUCGCUAUUCGGCCGGCUUGUGCUUGGUCUUCUCGCCGACUAUACAGAUUCUCUCCACGUGUGGCAAUUCUCAACCCUCGGCACUACGACACUGCUGUUCUCGUUCGGCACCAUCAGCAGUCUGGCGACUAUCAUCGUGUUCGCGGUGUUCUAUGGUGUCUUUACCGGCGGCCUCAUGACGCUGGUUUCCCCCGUCCUGCGAAUCAUCUCACCCGACCCUCGUACUUUCGGCUCGAAUCUCGGCUUGGCCGAAGGUUUCAUGGGACUAGGCAUCUUGGUCGGGUCUCCUGUCGCUGGUGCGAUUUCGGAAACUGCUGGUGGUUUUCUGGCCGUUGGCAUCUUCUUCGGCAGCCUGUAUGUUGUCGUUUUCGUCGUAAUCGGGAUUUUCAUCUGGAAAAAUCAGUGGAAGACAGCUAAUGAAGACGUCCCCUCGGAUGGGGCCUUCGUCACUGUCGCGUCGAUGGUUCCGGGUCACUUGCCCACUGUCGCGUCGAUGGUUACGGCACACUUGCCCCAAACAGCCACACAGAGCGAUUAG